CUCGGCAGAACGGUGACUGUUCAUUCCCAGCCACACGGUGUGUAAGGGGGGAGGAAACAGCAUACGUUUACUUUUGUUGAAAUCCGAUUUCAGAGAGGAAUAUUCUUGUUUUCUUCACGAAAUCCAAAGGAUCCUCAAGAACGAGAAAAAGAAAUUUCGUUUUGAAAGGGCACACUGACACAAAGCACAAUGGUUGCUGGAAUGCUGAUGCCUUUGAGCGAACUGAGGGCCAUCUAUGAGGCCCUGUUUAAAGAUGGUGUCAUGGUGGCCAAGAAGGACAAGAGGCCUCAGAUCAAGCACCCUGAGCUAGAAGGUGUGAGCAACCUGCAAGUGAUCCGUGCCAUGGGGUCUCUUAAGUCUCGGGCAUACGUGAAGGAGACAUUUGCCUGGAGACACUUCUACUGGUAUCUGACCAAUGAAGGAAUUGUUUACCUACGUGACUACCUCCGCCUGCCCGCUGAGAUUGUCCCUGCUUCCCUGCAGAGGACCAGGAAGCCACUGGCCAUUGGUCACCGGGCUCCAACGGUCCAAUCCGUAGAAGGUCCUACAUCUUAUGUUCCCAAGCCGGGCCGCUGGGGCGACGAGAGCCAGGAGUCUAUGACCGAGCGUCAAGGCUACCGACAUAAGAUGAUGGUUCCCGGAGAAAAAGAGAGCUACUCUGAUCGGACCCCCAGUUUUAGGGGUCGUCCACCAGCCGCAGAACCAGUCAGGCCAAAAGCAUCGUGUGAAGGGGAGGACCAGUCUUUGUUUUGGAGAAGGAACGACUUUAAAAGUGAGGCGGGGAUGAUGGAGGACAGCAACGUGAGAAGAGUCUCUCGUCAGCACCCUGAGGUGAGCCGUGAGAAGCCAGCGGCGACAUCACAGGAGAGACAAGUGUCUGAGGUCCAAAAGGAGAAGGCACCAAUGUCUGACCAGAAUCAGACAUCAGCUCCGAGACAGGAUGUGCUGCAGACCACUCUGACAUCAGGCUCCUCCAAGACAGCCCUACCAUUAAUUGUGGCUUCAGGUGCUGCAACAUCAAAGAUUCCAGCUGAACCCUCUUCCCACAAAACAAGAAAAGAGAAGCUCAAGACCGCCGAUGAAAAAGCUUCAACUGGUUCUGUUACAACAAGCAGUUCAGUUAUCACAAGGCUUACUGAUACAAAGAUUAAAGAGGAGAAAACUAAAAAGGUAAUCGUGGAUCCUACAACUGCAGAGGCUAAGGCUGGAGCAGCAAAUUAUAAAGCACAGCCCCAAACAGUUAUUAAAAUGACUGCUGCUGAAAAAAACACCAGUGUCCCUAAUGCCACUGCUGCCCCUGUCGUCCCAAAACCUGUCUAUGAAGAUGUCAAGGAAGAGACAACAAAAAAGGUGACAGUGGAUCCAGUUAAGGCUGCAGAAGUCAAGGCUCCAGCUCAAACGGUAACCCAGACAGUGUCUGCUGCUCAGGAAACCUCCAAACGGCCUGCUGCCACUGCCACUUCCGCCUCUGUCAUCCAAAAACCUGUCAAUGAACCAAAACCUGAAGGAAAAGUUAAUGAGGAAUCUGUUAAAUUGGCUGAAGCGCAGACCCCAGUUGAAUCCAAAAUAGAUUGUGAGAAGGUCAAGAAAACUGCCAAAGUGUCCGGCAGUGAGGAGACCACCAAACCAAAGCCCAACAGUACCACCAGCAAACCCGUAAAGGAGAUCUCUCUUGUAAAAGUCACUAAUGCGCCCAUCGUUGCCAAAGUGACCACAGUGAAUCUCUCAGCCAAGCCCAAAACAGAUGAAGCGACCCAGAAAACUACUGAAGUGAUCGAGUCCUCGGUACUUGAAGUUAAAACUACCAUUACUAAAACCACUCUCUCAGCACCUUUGGUCCGUUCUGAAGACGCUAAACCCGUCAAGGGGAGGGCUAGCGAAACAGAGAGCAUUACAAAACAUGAGAAAAGGGAUAUAAAGAUGACUCCUGAUGUCCAGAAAGGGGUCAAAAAUGCGGCAGAAGAAACUCUAUCCCCUGAAUUCAGUCAGAUGAAUACCACCACCACAGAGGUGGUUGUGGAAACCACACAAAUAGCUGAAGGAAGGUCUAAAUCAAAAAGGAAGAAAAACAAAUCUUCAGAGCACAGUCCUAAGACUAUUAAUCCUGAGGAACUGCAUGACUCUAAGUUGGUGAAGGAAAAACCCUCCACAGACAAAAAGGAACUCUCAAAACAAAUAAUGAUGGAAGUCCCCCAAAAAACUGAGGACCAGACCCCUGAAGGAGCAUCCCUACCUUUCAAUGAGGUUACAGCUGUGCCCCCAGUAACGCUUGUUGGUGAUGCACUAGUAAAAGGCAAGGUUGAGGCAUGCAGCGUAGUACCACAUGAUUCAGUUAAAUCUGAGGGAAUGACUGUGACUAAAGUGGAAACAGUGACAGUCCAGGAAAUAACUCGAGUGGAGCUUAUACAAUCAAGUUAUAACCCCGAGGACAGAAGCCCUGCAGCAGCUUCAGAAUCACCCGCGGGCACGAAAUCCCUUAAUGAUAGCGGGAAAGCUGCAGAGGAGUCUUCAAAACGUAAAAAGAAAGGCAAAGGGAAAAAGCAGGCUCAGGCAACAGUAUCAGAGGCCAUGAACACACAGCCUGGGUUUUUGCCUGAAGCAGAGGCAUCGCCCUAUCAUAACAUUACAUCAUUGCCCAAGGCUCCAGUUAAAGUAAAGGGUGUCACGACCCCUGAAGAGAGCAAACUGAACACAUCUGUAAAAAAGAGCCCUGAAGGAAUGUGCAGCGAGGAAGCAACGCCGGCAGCAGCUGUGCUCUGUGGGGCCCCAGCGCACAAAGGGGAGGUGGAGCCAUCGCGGCUCUCUGCAGGAAAAAUCAAGCGGGAGGUUCCAAAAGCGAAAACAUCCUCCUCUGUGAGGGUAGCACCCGCAGCCGGGGAACUAGCGUCAGCAGCACCAGCGGCGAGAGCACAGGCACAGGCCGGCCCCCUCCACAAGCAAGAGGAGCCUCCCGCAGUUGCGCAACGCUCGGCCAGUCAGGCAGCAGAGCGCAGCGCGGAGAAAAGUCUCUCGUUCGGCGAGCUCUCCAAGUGGGAGGAAGAGAAGAAGAGGGACUCGGAGGAGGACACACCCUCCGCCUCUGCCACGCCCGCCGCGGCCCAGCUCGACCAGAUCAACCUUGGGGACACGGACGAAGACGCCAUGAAGAGGAAAAUCGUGGUGGUUGAGGAGAUAGUGGAGGUGAAGAAGGUUAUUGGCCCCGACGGCGCCGGGGACCAAUCGCCUCCUCCACCUGUGCCACCUGAGCAUGAGGGCGAAGAGCUGGACCAGGAUGUCCUGGAACAAAUCGCCUUAGAGCGGGCACUUUUGUCGCUGCCGCCGGGGACCAGGGUGCAAGGAGCCUCGCCUGAGGGAACCUGGGACCACUCUCUGGAGGAGCCAGAGGAGAAGACAUGGCCACACUUCAUUGAAGAUGAACGGGACCGAGUUCAGAAAAAGACCUUCACCAAAUGGGUGAACAAGCACUUGAUAAAGCAUCGGAGGGCGGAGUCGCAGCGGCACGUGACCGACCUGUAUGAGGACCUCAGAGAUGGACAUAACCUCAUCUCGCUGUUGGAGGUGCUCUCCGGGGACACGCUGCCGAGGGAGAGAGACGUGGUCAGGAGCGCUCGGUUGCCCAGAGAGAAGGGACGCAUGCGAUUCCACAAGCUGCAGAAUGUACAGAUAGCCCUGGACUUCCUCAGACACCGGCAGGUCAAGCUGGUGAACAUCAGAAACGAUGACAUAGCGGACGGGAACCCCAAGCUCACCCUGGGGUUAAUAUGGACCAUCAUCCUUCACUUCCAGAUCUCGGACAUUCAGAUCAACGGCCAGUCAGAAGACAUGACAGCCAAGGAGAAGCUGCUGAUCUGGUCCCAGAGGAUGACCGACGGCUACCAGGGCAUCCGCUGUGACAACUUCACCACCAGCUGGAGGGACGGCAGGCUCUUCAACGCUGUCAUCCACAAACACCAUCCCAGACUCAUCGACAUGAGCCAAGUGUACCGACAGACCAACCUGCAGAACCUGGAACAGGCCUUCAAUGUGGCAGAGAGCGACCUGGGGGUGACCCGCCUACUGGACCCCGAGGAUGUCGAUGUCCCACACCCCGAUGAGAAGUCCAUCAUCACUUAUGUGUCAUCCCUGUAUGAUGCCAUGCCGCGGGUUGAUGCACAUGCUAGCGACCUGGAGCUGCGCUGGCAGGAGUACUACGAGCUGGUGACUCUUCUGCUCCAGUGGAACCGCCACCAUGUCACCAUCUUCGAGGAGAGGAAGUUCCCCAGCAGCUACGAGGAGAUAGAGCUCCUUUGGCGCCUGUUCCUGAAGUUCAAAGAGACUGAGCUGCCGGCGAAAGAGUCCGACAAGAACCGCUCGAAGCACAUCUACCAGUCCUUUGAGAGCGCCGUGCACGCUGGUCAGGUGAAGGUCCCUCCAGGGUACCACCCCAUUGAUGUGGAGAAAGAAUGGGGUCGACUUCACGUGGCCAUCCUGGAAAGAGAACGGCUGCUCAGGAUAGAGUUUGAGAGACACGAGAGACUCCAGAGGAUCUUCAGUAAAGUCCAGAUGGAGUCGGGGACGUAUGAAGGCCAACUCAGCCACCUGGAGACCCUCCUGCAGACAGACAUCCGUCUCCUGAACGCAGGGAAACCACCUCAGCACACAGCAGAAGUGGAGCGGGAGCUGGACAAGGCCGACAACGCGAUCCGCCUGCUCUUCAACGACGUGCAGAUACUCAAAGACGGGCGCCACCCGCAGGCCGAGCAGAUGUACCGCAGGGUUUACCGCCUCCAUGAGCGCCUGGUCAACUUGCGCACCGAUUACAACCUUCGCCUGAAGUCCGCUGGGAACAGUAACCAGUCCGUGAAGAUCACCCAGGCUCCUCAGACGCAGUUUGUGCGGCCCGAGCAGGACGACGUGACCAUCCGCUACGUCAGAGACCUGCUGGCCUGGGUGGAGGAGUACCAGCUUCGCCUCGACGAGGCGGAGUGGGGCUCUGAUCUGCCCUCUGUGGAGUCCCAGCUGGGCAGCCACAGAGGCCUGCACAAAACUGUGGAGGACUUCCGGUCCAAGAUUGAACGCGCCAGGGCCGACGAGAGUCAGCUAUCUCCUGUGGGCAAGGGCUCGUACAGAGAGUACAUGGGCAAACUGGAUCUGCAGUACGGCAAGCUACUGAACACUUCCAAGUCCCGCCUGAAGAACUUGGAAUCACUCCACACCUUCAUCGGCGCUGCCACCAAGGAAAUGAUGUGGUUAAAUGACAAAGAAGAGGAGGAGGUCAACUUCGACUGGAGCGACAGGAACGCCAACAUGACGGCUAAGAAAGACAACUACUCGGGUCUCAUGCGAGAGCUGGAGCUGAGGGAGAAGAAAGUCAGUGACCUCCAGGUCAUGGGCGACAGGCUUGUCAGGGAUGGCCAUCCCGGCAAGAAGACCGUUGAAUCCUUCACAGCCGCCCUGCAGACCCAAUGGAGCUGGAUCCUCCAGCUGUGCUGUUGUAUUGAGGCUCACCUCAAAGAAAACACAGCCUACUACCAGUUCUUUGCAGAUGUGAAAGAGGCUCAGGAGAAGAUGAAGAAAAUGCAAGAGAACAUGAAAAAGAAGUACAGCUGCGAUCGCUCCACCACAGCCACGAGGCUGGAGGAUCUGCUGCAGGAUACCGUGGACGAGAAAGAACAGCUGAAUGAAUUCAAGACCAUUGCGACGGGCCUGAACAAGAGAGCCAAGUCCAUCAUCCAGCUGAAACCCCGCAACCCCACCACCCCCAUCAAAGGAAAACUGCCCAUCCAGGCCGUCUGUGACUUCAAGCAACAGGAGAUCACCGUCCACAAAGGGGACGAGUGCGCGCUGCUCAACAACUCGCAGCCCUUCAAGUGGAAGGUGCUGAACAACUCCGGACACGAGGCGGUGGUGCCCUCCGUCUGCUUCAUGGUGCCUCCCGUCAACAAGGAGGCCGUGGACGGCGUGUCCAGUCUGGAUACAGGUUAUCAGCAGAUGGUGUCAAUGUGGCAGACGCUCCAUGUAAACAUGAAGAGCUUGCUAUCGUGGCAGUACCUGAUGAGAGACUUCACCCAGAUACACUCCUGGAACAUCACAACGUUGAAGACCAUGAAAUCAGAGGAAUACAGGCUGAUCAUGAGGAACCUGGAGCUCCACUACCAGGACUACAUGCGCGAAAGCCAAGACUCGCAGCUCUUUGGCCCCGAUGACCGCAUGCAGGUCGAGGAGGACUACUCCAAGUCCACCCAGCAUUUCGACCACUUGAUCCGCUCCAUGGAGAAAGGAGUAAUGGUUGUUAGGCUCAAAGGUCAACAGGAUGAGACUCUCUGUAAGAACUACAUAUCUGAGAUCAAGGACCUGCGUAUGGUCAUAGAGGACUGCGAGGCUGGGACUGUGGCUCGCAUACGCAAACCUUUGGAGAAGGAACCUCUGAAAGAAUGUGCUCAGAAGACAGCGGACCAGCAGAAAGUCGAGGUGAAGCUGAAGAGCCUCAAGAAGGACCUUGAAAAGGUGACUGUGAAGACACAAGAGGUCCUGGCUUCCCCUCAGCAGUCUGCCUCGGCUCCCGUUCUGCGCUCAGAGCUUGAACUCACCGUGCAGAAGAUGGAUCAUGCCAGCAUGCUCUCCUCGGUUUACCUCGAGAAGCUGAAGACCGUGGAAAUGGUGAUCCGUAACACGCAGGGUGCCGAGGGCGUCCUCAAGCAGUAUGAGCAGAGUCUGCGGGAGGUUCACACCGUGCCCAGCGAUUGCAAAGAAGUCGAGACUUACAGAAAAAUGCUUAAGACAAUGCGAGAGGAGGCUGAGGGCGAGCAGCCAGUGUUCGAUUCCCUGGAGGAGGAACUGAAGAAGGCCACGGCAGUGAGCGUCAGGAUGUCCCGCGUGCACAGCGAGCGCGACGUCGAGCUGGACCACUACCGCCAGCUGCUGUCUGGUCUUCAGGACCGCUGGAAGGCCGUGUUCGCCCAGACGGACGUCCGCCAGAGGGAGCUGGAGCAGCUCGGCCGGCAGCUGGGCUACUAUCGCGAGAGCUACGACUGGCUGAUCCACUGGAUCGCUGACGCCAAGCAGAGGCAGGACAAGAUCCAGGCCGUGCUCAUCACCGACAGCAAAACACUCAAUGAACAACUGAGCCAGGAGAAGAAACUACUGGAGGAGAUUGAAAAUAAUCAAGGCAAAGUCGAUGAGUGUCAAAAAUAUGCCAAAGCCUACAUUAAUACUAUCAAGGACUAUGAACUCCAGGUGGUAGCCUACCAAGCCCAGGUGGACCCCCUGGCUUCUCCCUUGAAGAAAUCCAAAAUGGACUCUGCCUCUGACAACAUUAUCCAGGAGUAUGUAACACUGAGGACCCGCUACAGUGAGCUGAUGACUCUGACUAGUCAGUACAUCAAGUUCAUCACCGACUCUCAGCGGCGCCUGGAGGACGAGGAGAAAGCUGCAAAGAAACUCAAAGCAGAAGAACAGAAAAAAAUGGCCGAGAUGCAGGCUGAGUUAGACAAACAGAAGCAGUUAGCUGCAGCUCAUGCAAAGGCCAUUGCCGCAGCUGAGAAAGAGGCUCAAGAGCUGAAACUCCGAAUGCAGGAAGAAGUUAGCAGGAGAGAGAUUGCUGCUGUAGAUGCAGAGAAGCAAAAGCACAACAUCCAGCUGGAACUGCAUGAGCUCAAAAACCUGUCAGAGCAGCAGAUCAAGGCCAAAGGCCAACAGGUGGAUGAGGCUCUUCACAGCAGGACCAAAAUUGAAGAGGAAAUCCACAUCAUCAGGAUCCAGCUCGAGACAACGCUCAAACAAAAGUCCUCCGCCGAAUCCGAGCUCCAGCAACUUCGUGAAAGAGCGGCCGAAGCUGAGAGACUCAGAAAGGCCGCCCAGGAAGAAGCCGAGAAGCUCCACAGACAGGUCAACGAAGAGACCCAGAAAAAGCGCGCGGCAGAGGAGGAGCUGAAACGCAAAUCUGAAGCGGAGAAAGAAGCUGCUAAACAGAAGCAAAAAGCUCUGGAAGACCUCGCAAAUCUCAAGAUGCAGGCAGAGGAGGCCGAAAGGCAAGUGAAGCAAGCAGAGAUCGAAAAGGAGAGACAAAUCAAGGUUGCCCACGUGGCGGCCCAGAAGAGCGCUGCGGCCGAGCUCCAGAGCAAACAGACCUCCUUUGUGGAAAAGACCUCGAAGCUGGAAGAAUCCCUCAAACAAGAGCACGGCGCUGUCCUUCAGCUGCAAGAACAAGCAGCCCAGCUCAAGAAACAACAGGAGGACGCCAUAAAUGCCCGAGAAGAGGCGGAAAAGGAGCUCGAGAAGUGGAGGCAAAAAGCUAACGAGGCGCUCCGUCUCAGGCUCCAGGCUGAGGAGGAAGCCCACAAAAAGAGCCUCGCCCAAGAAGAUGCGGAGAAACAAAAGGAGGAGGCCGAACGCGAGGCCAGAAAGAGAACCAAAGCCGAAGAGUCCGCCCUCAAGCAGAAGGACAUGGCCGAGAAAGAGCUGGAGAGGCAACGGAAGGUCGCUGAGAGCACGGCUCAGCAGAAACUCACCGCCGAACACGAGCUCAUCCGCCUUCGGGCCGACUUUGACAACGCAGAGCAGCAGAGGUCCCUCCUGGAAGACGAACUUUACCGCCUGAAGAAUGAAGUCGUCGCAGCGCAACAACAGCGGAAGCAGCUGGAGGACGAGCUGGCCAAAGUGAGGAGUGAAAUGGACAUCCUCAUUCAACUUAAGUCCAAAGCCGAGAAGGAGACCAUGUCCAACACGGAGAAGAGCAAACAACUGCUGGAGGCCGAGGCCAGCAAGAUGAGGGACGUGGCCGAGGAGGCCAGCAAGCUCCGAGCCAUCGCCGAGGAAGCCAAGCAUCAGAGGCAAGUUGCCGAGGAAGAGGCAGCUCGUCAGCGGGCAGAGGCCGAGAGGAUCCUCAAAGAGAAGCUGGCUGCCAUCAGCGACGCCACUCGCUCCAAAACGGAGGCGGAGAUCGCCCUGAAAGAGAAAGAGGCGGAAAACGAACGACUCCGCCGCCAGGCUGAGGACGAGGCUUACCAGAGGAAGGCUCUCGAGGACCAGGCUAGCCAGCACAAGCAAGAGAUCGAGGAAAAGAUCGUCCAACUCAAAAAGUCCUCCGAGGUCGAAAUGGAAAGACAAAAAGCCAUAGUGGAUGACACCUUGAAACAGAGGCGGGUUGUCGAAGAAGAAAUCCGUAUUCUGAAGCUCAACUUCGAAAAGGCCUCGUCGGGAAAACUCGACCUGGAGCUGGAGCUGAACAAACUGAAGAACAUUGCCGAGGAAACUCAACAGAGCAAACUAAGAACCGAGGAGGAGGCCGAGAAGCUCAGGAAGCUCGCCCUUGAGGAGGAGAAGAGGAGGAGGGAAGCAGAGGAGAAGGUCAAGAAGAUCACCGCUGCGGAGGAAGAGGCAGCCAGGCAAUGCAAGGCCGCCCAAGAGGAGCUCGCUCGUCUCAAAAAGAAAGCCGAAGAGGCCAGGAGGCAGAAAGAACUGGCCGACAUUGAGGCAGAAAAACAGGUCGUCGCGGCCGAACAAGCCUCCCUAAAAUGCAGUGCAGCUGAGCAGCAAGCCCAAAGUGUCCUCGCCCAACAAAAGGAAGACGGCAUCAUGCAGAAGAUGCUUAAGGAAGAGUUCAAAAAAGCACAGAAGCUGGCCAAGGAGGCAGAGGCCGCUAAGGAGAAGGCCGAGAGGGAGGCAGCUGUGCUUCGUCAACAGGCCGAGGAAGCCGAGCGGCAGAAGGUGGCGGCCGAGCAAGAGGCUGCCAUUCAAGCCAAAGCUCAGGAGGAUGCCGAGAGGUUGAGGAAGGAGGCCGAGUUUGAAGCUGCCAAACGAGCACAAGCGGAAGCUUCGGCCCUCAAGCAGAAGCAACAGGCCGAUGCUGAAAUGGCAAAGCACAAAAAACUGGCGGAGCAGACAUUGAAACAGAAGUUCCAAGUGGAGCAGGAACUCACAAAGGUCAAGCUCAAGCUUGAUGAUACCGAUAAACAGAAAUCGGUCCUGGAUGAAGAGCUGCAGCGCUUGAAGGAUGAGGUGGAUGAUGCCGUCAAACAAAGGGGCCAGGUGGAGGAGGAGCUCUUCAAGGUCAAGGUUCAGAUGGAGGAGCUGCUCAAACUGAAAAUCCGAAUCGAGGAGGAGAAUCAACGCCUCAUCAAGAAAGACAAAGACAACACGCAGAAAUUCCUCGCCGAGGAGGCGGAAAUCAUGAAAAGGCUGGCGGAGGACGCCGCCAGACUAAGUGUAGAAUCUCAGGAGGCCGCACGCUUGAGACAGAUCGCAGAAGAAGACCUCAGUCAGCACCGGGUUCUCGCAGACAAAAUGCUCAAGGAGAAAAUGCAGGCCAUACAGGAGGCCUCUCGGCUUCGGGCUGAGGCAGAGAUGCUCCAGAGACAGAAGGACUUGGCUCAGGAGCAGGCACAAAAGCUGCUGGAGGACAAACAGCUGAUGCAGCAGCGUCUGCAAGACGAGACGGAGGAAUACCACAAGUCACUCGAGGCGGAGAGGAAGAGGCAAUUGGAGAUUGUCGCUGAAGCAGAAAAACUCAAACUUCAGGUUUCUCAGCUGAGUGAAUCCCAGGCCAAAGCCGAGGAGGAGGCUAAGAAAUUCAAACAACAAGCCGAUAGUAUUGCUGCUCGUCUUCAAAAGACUGAAAUUGCCACUCAAGAAAAAAUUACUUCGAUGGAAAAACUGCAGUUAGAAAAACUACAUACCAGCAAAGAGGCGCACGAUUUACACCACGCAAUCGCAGGCCUAGAGAUGGAGAAGGCUAGACUGAAAAAGGAGGCCGAAGAACUUCAAAAUAAAUCUAAAGAGAUGGCUGAUGCACAGCAGAAACUAAUUGAACAUGAGAAGACAAUGCUCCAGCAGACAUUCCUCACAGAAAAGGAGAUGCUUUUGAAGAAGGAGAAGCUAAUUGAAGAUGAGAAAAAUAGGCUGGAGAGCCAGUUUGAAGAAGAAGUCAAAAAGGCCAAAGCUCUCAAAGACGAACAGGAACGCCAGAGAAAACUUAUGGAGGAGGAGAAGAAGAAACUCCAUGCCACCAUGGAUGAGGCUCUCAACAAGCAAAAAGAGGCCGAGAAAGAUAUGCUUAACCAGCAAAAAGAAAUGCAGGAACUGGAGAAGAAGAGACUCGAACAAGAGAGGAUCCUCGAAGAAGAAAACCAGAAAUUGCGCAAGAAGUUGGAGCAGCUGGAGGAAGCACAGAAAAACCAACAGACUGAUAAAUUCCCUGACAAACACCUCAUCAGUGUCACAACAGUCACAACAACGUUUCCUAAUGGACAAAAUGGCGGUGAUGAAGUAGACAGUGUCGAGAAGAAACCAGAUCCCUUGGCUUUUGACGGCAUACGUGACAAGGUACCAGCAAGCAGACUUCUUGACGUUGGCCUCUUGUCCAUGAAGGUGUUUGAACAGCUGCGAAAAGGCAAGAAAACAGUUCACGAGCUCGGUGAGACUGACAAACUUAAAACAGCUCUGAGAGGGAAGAAUUGCAUUGCUGGAAUUUUGACACCAUCUAACCAAAAAAUGUCCAUCUAUCAAGCAUCGAAAGAGAAGAAGAUUACUCCCGGCACAGCCAUGAUCCUUCUUGAAGCUCAAGCAGCCACAGGUUACAUUUUAGAUCCCCUCAAGAACCAAAAGCUUUCUGUAAAUGAGGCGGUCAAGGAAGACUUGAUUGGCCCCGAACUGCACAACAAAAUGCUCUCCGCAGAGAGGGCGGUUAUUGGCUACAAAGAUCCAUACACUGGUGGAAAGAUCUCCGUCUUCGAGGCUAUGAAGAAGGGUCUGAUUGAACGUGAUCAUGCCAUCAGAGUCCUUGAGGCUCAGAUUGCAACUGGUGGCAUCGUCGAUCCCAUCAAUAGUCACCGCGUGCCCAUGGAAAUUGCCUACAAACAGGGACAGUAUGAUAUUGAAAUGAAUAAGAUUAUGGAGAAACCUUUAGAUGACGCGAAGGGAUACUUUGACCCCAGCACUCAAGAACCAUUGACAUAUUCUGAGCUAAUGGCGAGAUGCAAAACAGACCCAGACACCAAUCUGCUACUCCUGCCGAUCACAGACAAAGCCGCCCAGUGCUCAAGUAUAUACACAGAGGAGGAGACGAAGGAUGUGUUCAGCAAAACGACUGUGUCUGUGCCAUUCGGACAAUUCAAGGGGAAGACUGUCACCAUUUGGGAAAUAAUCAAUUCUGAGUACUUCACCGAGGACCAGAAGAAGGACCUUCUCCGUCAAUACAAGACAGGCAAAAUCACAAUCGAAAAAAUCAUUAAGAUUGUCAUUACCGUGGUAGAAGAGAAAGAAAAGAAGAAUGAGAUUACCUUCGAUGGUCUGAGAGCACCUGUCCCUGCCACUGAACUCCUGGAAUCUCAAAUCAUUGACAAAGACCUCUACAAUAAACUGCACAAGGGUAAUAAGACAGUCAAAGAGGUAUCUGAACUGGAGCCCGUCCACAAAGCACUGAAGGGUACAAAUUGCAUUGCAGGUGUAGUUAUUAACUCAUCCAACGAGACAAUGUCUUUCUAUCAAGCCAUGAAGAAAGGAAUGAUGAGGGCAGGGCUUGCCUUGAAUAUGCUUGAAGCCCAAGCGGGGACCGGCUAUGUGGUUGAUCCUAUUCAUAACAAGAAGUACACUGUGGAUGAAGCUGUCAAAGCAGGUGUUGUUGGUCCUGAGCUGCAUGAAAGACUUCUGUCGGCCGAGCGAGCUGUUACAGGUUACAAGGAUCCUUACACUGGAAAUACUGUAUCUCUGUUCCAAGCAAUGAAAAAAGAUCUCAUACCUAAAGAACAAGGAAUCCGACUGCUUGAUGCCCAAAUGACCACUGGUGGUAUUAUUGAUCCAGUGAAGAGCCAUUACAUUCCUCAUGAGGUGGCCUGCAAGAGGAAUUAUUUUGAUGACAAAAUGAAACAAAUUCUGAACAGUCCCACCGAUGAAACAAAGUGCUUCUUUGACCCCAACACAAGGGAAAAUGUCACAUACUCGCAGCUCUUCAAGAGAUGUGUCACUGACAAGAAAACAGGUCUCCAGCUUCUGCCUCUUUCUGAUGAAGCAAUUAAUUCAAAGGAGGAGCAAACAUACACUGAUGCCCAGACUAAAGAGGCUAUGACUCAGGCAACAGUGGAGCUGGACUCUGGGCCAUUUAAGGGCAGAAAGAUGACCAUCUGGGAAAUCAUCAACUCUGAAUAUCUCACUGAGGAGCAAAGGCUUGAGCUGCUCAGACAGUUUAGGUCAGGAAAGGUUACAAUUGAAAAGAUAAUCAAGAUUGUCAUCACGAUUGUAGAUGAGAAAGAGGACAAGAAACAACAACAGUCCAGCUUCAAGGGACUUAGGGCUCCCGUUCCAGCAGCCUCUCUGUAUGAUUCCAAAAUCAUCGACAAACCAACCUUUGACCUCCUUCAACAAGGCAAAACAACACCUAAACAAGUCAGUGAGGAUCCUGACGUAAAUAAAUAUCUACAGGGCUCUUAUAGUAUUGCUGGCAUCUACCUGGAGCCAACCAAAGAGAAAGUUAGCAUUUAUCAGGCUAUGAAGAAGAAGCUUCUUAGACACAACACCGGUCUUUCACUUCUUGAGGCCCAGGCUGCUACUGGCUUCCUUGUCGAUCCAGUGAGGAAUCAGUGCCUAACGGUCGACGAGGCAGUGAAGUCAGGCCAUGUCGGGCCAGAGCUGCAUGAAAAACUUCUUUCUGCAGAAAAAGCUGUCACUGGCUAUAAAGAUCCAUUCACAGGCAACAAAAUCUCCCUCUUUGAGGCGGUGCAAAAAGAUCUCAUCCUGAAAGAACACGCCAUGCCUUUGAUGGAGGCACAGAUGGUUAGUGGUGGAAUCAUUGACCCUGUAAAGAGCCACCGUGUCCCAACAGAUGUUGCAUAUCAAAAGAACAUUUUCAGCAAAGAAAUGGCAAAGACCCUAUCUGAACCAUCUGAUGAUAACAAGGCUUUCUCAGACCCAGAAACCGAUGAGAAGGUUACCUACAAACAGCUUAAAGACAAAUGCCACAGGGAUCCAGAGACAGGCCUGUACAUCCUUCCUCUCUCCAAGCCUCAGUCUCCAACUGUUGUGGAAAAGACAUAUCUCUACACAGAGGAGCAAACAGAGAGUGACCUGAACGACACCCAGAUUGACAUUCCAAUCGAGGGCUUUGCUGAUAAACCAGUGAACCUGUGGAAAAUCAUGAACUCAAAUCUGCUUCCAGAGCAAGAGAGGCAGAAGCUCUUGGACGAAUAUCGCUCUGGUAAAAUCACUAAAGAGCGGAUGAUCAUCAUUAUUAUCGAGAUCAUGGAGCAGAGAGAGAUCAUCAGAAAUGAUCCAUUUUCAUAUAAGACCAUAAGGAGACGGAUAACGAUUGAGGAGCUGUACAAUGCUCGCAUCAUUGACUUGGAGACUUACAACCUCCUUAAAACGCGCAAGAGGGACAUCCGUGAUAUAAUGGAGAUGACCACCGUCAAGCAGUAUCUCUAUGGCACAGGCUGUGUUGCUGGGGUCACAACAGACUCAAGCUCAAAGAUAAGCAUAUACCAAGCAAUGAAACAAGAUUUCAUCAAGCCAGAACUAGCCCUGAGCCUCCUAGAAGCGCAGGCUGCCACAGGAUUUAUUAUUGAUCCAGUUAAAAAUGAAACGCUCACGGUUGACGAAGCUGUCCGUAAGGGAGUUGUUGGCCCUGAGCUGCAUGAUAAACUUCUUUCAGCUGAGAGAGCAGUCACAGGAUACAAAGAUCCGUACAGUGGGAAAAUCAUAUCUCUUUUCCAGGCCAUGAAAAAGGAUCUUGUUCUGGAGGAUUACGCUCUAAAAAUGUUAGAGGCACAAACCGCCACUGGUGGUAUUAUUGAUCCAGAAUUCCAGUUCCACCUGCCAGCAGACAUUGCCAUGCAGCGAGGUUACAUCAACAAGGAAACCAAUGAGAAGCUGACAGAGAGAGUUAAGGGAUUUAUUGACCCAGUCAACGACGAGAACCUGUCAUAUGCAGAGCUGCUCAAGAGAUGCAAGCUGCGUGAUGGGUUGCGCCUACUCUCCUUGGGAGACAAGAGAGUGAUGUUCCAGGGUCUGAGGAAAAAGAUCACAAUGGAAGAGCUGCUCCGCUCCAAAAUCAUUGACCAGCAGACUGUCACUGAACUGAAUGAAGGUCGUAUUACAGUGGAGGAGGUUAGCAAUAGACUAUCAAGGUACCUUGAAGGCACAAGCUGUAUUGCUGGUGUGUUUUUAGAGUCCACAAAGGAUCGUCUAUCAGUUUACCAGGCCAUGAAAAAGAACAUGAUUAGACCAGGCACAGCAUUUGAACUCCUUGAGGCACAGGCAUCCACUGGAUAUGUUAUUGAUCCCAUCAAAAACCUUAAACUGACUGUCACCGAUGCAGUGAAAAUGGGCAUUGUAGGACCCGAAUUUAAAGACAAGCUCCUUUCUGCUGAACGUGCAGUAACAGGAUAUAGAGAUCCUUAUUCAGGCAAGACAAUCUCCCUGUUCCAGGCCAUGAAAAAGGGGCUCAUCUUGAAAGAUCAUGGAAUCCGUCUCCUGGAAGCCCAGAUUGCAACAGGAGGAAUCAUUGACCCAGAGGAAAGUCACCGUCUGCCAGUUGAGGUUGCCUACAACCGUGGCUUCUUUGAUGAGGAAAUGAAUGAGAUCUUGACAGAUCCAUCUGAUGACACCAAAGGCUUCUUUGACCCCAACACUGAAGAAAACCUAACGUACCUACAGCUCAUGGAAAGGUGCAUCACUGAUCCCGACACAGGCCUGGUGCUCCUUCUUUUGAAAGAAAAGAAGCGGGAAAGGAAAACCUCAUCCAAAUCCUCAGUCCGCAAACGCAGAGUUGUCAUCGUAGACCCUGAGACUGGUAAAGAAAUGACUGUGUACGAGGCCUACAGGAAGGGACUCAUUGACAACCAAACCUACCUGGAGCUUGCUGAGCAGGAGUGUGAAUGGGAAGAGAUCACAAUGACCUCCUCUGAUGGUACUGUCAAAUCACUUAUUAUUGACAGGCGCUCUGGCAGACAGUACGAUGUUGAUGAUGCUCUUUUACGUGGCCUCAUUGACCAGAACUCCCUUGAUACAUACAGAUCUGGAAACCUGUCCAUCACAGAAUUUGCUGAUAUGCUUUCUGGAAACACGGGAGGCUUCCGCUCACGCUCAUCCUCUUUUGGUUCCACCACUGGUUCUACCUACUCCUCUCCUAUGAGCCCCAUACCCUCCAUAAAAACACCUGCAGUCGUAUGGAAUGACCCAGCAGAGGACACUGGCCCUAUAGCUGGAAUAUUGGAUAUAGACACACUGGAGAAGGUGUCCGUUACAGAGGCCAUACACAGAAACCUGAUAGACAACAUCAGUGGCCAAAGAUUGUUGGAGGCCCAAGCCUGCACAGGCGGAAUAAUUGAUCCUACAACUGGAGAGAAAUUCUCUAUCGCUGAUGCGACUGAAAAAGGCCUCCUGGAUAAAAUCAUGGUUGAUCGCCUCAACCUGGCUCAAAAAGCCUUUAAUGGAUUCGACGACCCCAGAACUAAAGUAAAGAUGUCUGCCUCCCAGGCUCUUAAGAAAGGCUGGUUAUAUUACGAAGCUGGGCAGCGUUUCCUUGAAGUCCAAUACCUGACCGGUGGACUUAUUGAGCCUGAUGUCGAGAGCAGAGUGACACUCGACGAAUCUAUCAGGAAGGGCACAAUUGAUGCUCGCACAGCCCAGAAACUGAGAGAUGUCGGUGCGUAUUCUAAAUACCUAACCUGUCCAAAAACCAAACUGAAAAUCUCCUACAAGGAUGCAAUGGACAAGAGCAUGGUUGAGGAAGGAUCCGGCCUGAGACUUCUGGAGGCCUCCUCCCAAUCCAGCAAAGGACUCUACAGUCCCUACAAUGCCAGCAACCCUGGAUCUGCAUAUGGCUCCCGGACCGGCUCAAGGACCGGAUCCCGAACAGGCUCCAGGAGAGGCAGCAUUGAUGCUGGCUUCGGCCUGAGCAUUUCCUCCUCCUCCUCCUUCUCAUCCUCUUCAAUGGGCUACACCCGCAGAUUCUGAAUAUCUAGAUCUUUUCCUAACAAUAGCCGAGGUGUCUAAGAAUUAACAGCAAUAAUGUACUUUACAGUUGCAUUUUUCAUAGGAAAAAAUAGUUACAGUAACAAAGCAAAUAUCAUUUAUUUAUUCCUCCCUGUAUGAGGUCACAAGAAUUGACAAAGCUAUUGUUUUUUUCAUAUAGCAGAAAACAUGCCUCAUACAUGGAGACAAAAGCAAAAAUGGCUAGAUAUGCAUACUAUGUUUUUUUUCCUCCUCAGUACUAAUUACUAAGCCAGUUUAUAUUAUUCAGAGCAAAGCAUGACAUUUCUGCUGUUUUUUUUUCUUACUUUAUAGUCUUCAUUCUACACUUGUUAAAAAGUUGUAUUCUUGCUUUCUGAAACUAAUAUAUACUACAAGUAUGUCAUAGAGAGAUAUUUUUCCAGUAUUCCUUUGACUUUUAUGGAUAUUUCUUUUCUUUCUUGACACCCCUACUUAAUAAGAGGCUGUAUGUCGAUAUAGUUCUAACAUUUGUAAUAGAUUCUAAAGUACAUAUUUCUGAAUGUUUGUAAAGAGAAUGGACAAAUUAAGGGAUUUUUUUUUUUAAAUCUGGGUAAAUAAAGAAUAUACCCAGAAAGAAUACAUCUGUGAGACGCCACAAAAUAGGGCGCUACAAGAAUACAAAAAUAAGACAUGCCAGAAUUAAAAUUAUGCAAACCAGUUUCACAGCAGUCAUUAUUUUGCGUUCAUGACCAUUUAUAUUUAGUGGACUUCUACAUCCCUUUGGUUUCAUUGUUUUACACACUCUAAGAUUAUAUAUAUAAUAUAUAUAUAUAUAUAUAUUAACCAUCAGUCAAGUGUUCCUGGGUAAUC